AAAUUUAUUUUUUUCUCCUUCUUCUCAUGUCUGCAGAUUUAAAACAGGAAAUAUUUUAUAUUAAUAAUAUUACGAGAGUCCGUGAACUGCGACUACUAGGACCAUAGUGAAUAUAAAAAUCAUGACCACAUUGAUACCAACGUCACAAUCACAGCAUCAGCAAUCAACGGCGACUACGGUAGGCGCCACACCAGCUGGUGUAGAGUCUUAUGAAGACAUGUUUAAAGAAAUCACAAGGAAAUUAUAUGGUGACGAGUCAGCACAUGGUCUUUAUCCAAUCAACAAUGCACAAGUUGCGCAAUUAGCACAAACACCAUCCGCACCACCUGAAGGUGAACGUUCAUUUACAACUUUAGUGUCGGAUCGAAGUCUGGCGCAAUUGGAAUAUGAGAAUGUUAUGCCAGCUGAAAUAUCAACCGGUAAUUUUAAGUCCGAAGAACAUUUAUCAACAGCUUUUGGAUUGGCUGCUCUUAUGCAUAAUGGAUUUCCACCACCCACAAUCAAUUUUCCUCCUGUUGCACAAGAAAUCAUUAUAAAUACGCCGGCAUCAAACACUUCAAAUGGAGGAACAAAUAUAAAAAGUGAAAACACGCAAAUUCAAAAGCGUUACAAUUGCUUGGUGUGUCCUUAUUCGACUGAUCGUCGUGAUUUAUUUACACGACAUGAGAAUAUUCAUAAGGAAGAGAAACCAUUUCAUUGUUAUGCAUGUCUGAAGCAAUUUAAUCGUGCUGACCAUAAUAGUGGCGCGACAAGUGGUGGUGGACAAUCAAAUGUCUCAGCAACAACACAUCAAAAUUCAACCAUCACGAUAAAGAAUGAGAAGACAUCGGCACAGGGAAAAUCAAAUAAGAUAAAAGGCGAGAAACGUUUCAUGUGUUGUUAUUGUCCAUGGAGUGGCGCUGAUAAUUGGGGACUCAAAAGACAUUUAAACACACAUACAAAGCCUUUUGUAUGUCUUCUUUGCGAUUACAAAGCGGCAAGAUCUGAAAGACUUACGACACACAUCUUUAAAGUUCAUAACAAAAAGGCGUGCAAUAAAUGUAACUUUUUUGCUGAUGAUCAAGCUCAACUCACUCAACAUCAACUUGAUGCACAUCAAAACGAGGUGCGCAAUGUACGAACAACUAACAGUCAAACUAAUAAUCAUAACUCAUCAACCACAACACCUUCGUUGACUGUAAACAAUUUAUCUGUUGGUCAACCGGUGGCGAGUGUUGUGAGCAAUCAAAGUACGACAAAUGUUCUACGAACAUUAACAAAUACUUUUGUGCCAAACGUACAUCACACGCCACAAACAAAUCACGCGUUUGGCUCUUCAAAUGCGCCAUCAUCAUCACUUAAUAAUGUGACAUCAAGUAUUUAUACGACAUCAAAUGUCAACACAAACCUUGUUGAGCAACUAAAUCAUCAUUUAACAUCAUCGUCAAAUAAUUGGCGUACUGUAAACUCAACUAACAAUAGCUUAAGUAAUCUUAAUCUUACUAACAUAAAUGGAUCGAAUCGAAUCCAAACAUCAACAAAUUCUCUUAUUUUAACACCGACAACUACAACGACGACCACGUCAUUAAAACGGAAAUCUGGAGCUGAGAGGCUCUUUGCAUAUUUUGAAGCUGAUGACAGCGAUGAUAUUGAGCUUGAUUAUGCUCGUCAACUUCAAAUGCAAGCGCUUAGUCGCAAUACAGCCUCUGUUGCUCAGGAUUUUCGUAGUGCGGGGGGUGAGCAAAUCCGAAUUCUGAACAUCAAAGGCAAUCACAUCGCGUUCAACAACUUAUAUCGUGAUGGAAUAGAUACAAAUGGAGCAAUUGGAAUACAACAAGAACAACAUGAACAGCAGCAAGAAAAUCAGCAGCAGCAGAAAAAGAAAUUUAAAGCGACGUCACCAAUUGACCAUUCGCCUCCCGCGGUCACAAUGAAAACUGUUGGACUUCCGUUCGAUAGUUUCAAAAGACGUCGCAAAAUGUCACCAUUUAAUGAUAAGGAGAAUGUGAAUGAGCUUCUGACAAAGCAAUUGACGUUCUUAAAGCAACAACAUAUGAUAUUUUUGAAAAACUUGAAUGAAAGUGUCAUGUCGGAUAGUGAACGAUUGAAAAUUGUUCAAGAAAUUAAUGAAAUCUUCGAAACAAUGUACAACAACUCAAUGUAUUUAAUUUCAUCAAUUGAGGGCGAUAAACGAAUGAAAGUUCAACAAUCGGCUAACGAUGAUAGAAAUGGAGAUGAGAAGUUUUCAUUGCCAGCAUUUCUUACCAACAAUAAUGAAAUUACUGUCAUUAUGGAGCCAAAGAAUCAUGAUCGUGAUCAAUGCGAGAUCAGAAAGAAUCGGAAGCAGCUGAAACCAAAAAAGAUUGAAUACAUUUUGGAAGAUGAUAUUAACAAUAAGAGGUCUGCAUCGGGGAAACAUGAAGGAGCGACAAGGUGCGUCAUUUCUGACCUUCGUGAUAAGCACAUGGUUCGUUUGGUUACUCGCAGAAAAUAUUGCUCUGUUUGUCGUAAUCGUUCAUCCUACGCAAAUACAAUCUUCAAUAAAACGUCAUUGUUGUUGCACAUGCUUUGGCGUCAUUCAACACAUCGAUACGAGUGUCAUCAAUGUCAGAUGAAGUUCAAUCAAAUCUAUAAAUUAAAGCUUCACAAGAAACUUAGGAAGCAUUAAAAGAAGAAAACAUUUUCCAAUCAUCAUUUAUGAAUUAAGUAAUGAAUUUUAAAACUGACAAAAAAAGAAUUAUCUAAGAGCAAAAGACAAGAUUUGAAAUAUUUUUUUAAAAAUGCGAUAAAUACCGGGGAAUAGACGAAGAAUCUCAAAAGCAUUUAUGGCAUUCGUCAUUUCAUUUAUUUUUCAAAUGAAUUUCUGAAAAUUCUUCCACCUUUUAUUUUAUAUUUUCCACAAUUUUAUUGUUUUUCUCUUUACAAUUUUCUUUUCCCUAGAAAUAAAUUUUCUAUAAUUCGUCAUAAGAGAGGAAAAUGAUUAUUAUUACAGAUAUUCAAGUGGCAAUUUAUUUUUGUGCAAUCAUGAGGAAGGAAUAACCGGGAGUUGUCGUAAAAUGACGCCAGAAGCAUUUAAAUUUUUAUAGAUUAGAAAUUUCAUUUCCACUUUAUUUGAUCCCAUUUUUCUCAACAUCAUUCUGACGUCAUUCAUGAAUAGCUCCUAAAAUCUUCAAUUUGAACUUCUUUUUCUCCUUAAAGUUUACAUUCUUUUACUUAUCAUCAUUGUUUUUUUAUAAACCGCUUAUUCAUAGAUGUUUUUAACUGUGUCUAAGACUACUUUCUUUCUUAAGGAUUAUAAAGUAUUACAAUUAUACGAUUUCACGAAUGAAUGAAUGAAUGAAAGAAAUAAAAUUGCUGUCUAGAUUUUAAUUUCAUUGUAACUUUUGAUAUAGAUUGUAAAUUACAUUCAUGAAUUGAUACGAUGAUGAAGAAGUCUUCAAGUAUCUAAGAAGCUUUGUCCAAGCAAAAAUACGAAUUGCAAGCUUUUCUUUUCAAUUUCUCUCAUUUUUAAAGAAGACAAAAGAAAAAUGUAUAGAAACAAGGCAGAUCGUGAAAUAAAACGAAAGAAAUUAAUCUCAAAACUUUUAGUAGAUAUUUGAACAUUUUUUUUCUUUUAAUUUUCAGCGAAUCUAAGCG